GAGUCUCGCUCCUUCGCCCAGGCUGGAGUGCAGUGGCGCAAUCUCGGCUCACUGCAAGCUCCGCCUCCUGGGUUCAGGCCAUUCUCCUGCCUCAGCCUCCCGAGUAGCUGGGACUACAGGCGUCUGUAACCACGCCCAGCUAAUUUUUUGUAUUUUUAGUAGAGACGGGUUUCACUGUGUUAGCCAGGACGGUCUCGAUCUGACCUCGUGAUCCACCUGCCUCGGCCUCCAAAAGUGCUGGGAUUACAGGCGUGAGCCACUGCGCCCGGCCUACUAUUACUACUACUACUACUACUACUACUACUAUUAUUAUUAUUAUUAUUAUUUAUUGAGACAGAGUCUCACUCUGUUGCCCAGGCUGGAGUGCAGCGGCACAAUCUCGGCUCACUGCAACCUCCGCCUCCCAGGUUCAAGUGAUUCUCUGCCUCAGCCUCUCGAGUAGCUGGGAUUACAGGCACCCGCCACCACGCCUGGCUAAUUUUUGUAUUUUUAGCAGAGAUGGGGUUUCACCAUAUUGGUCAGGCUGGUCUCGAACCUCUGACCUCAGGUGAUUUGUCUGCCUUGGCCUCCUGAGUAGCUAGGAUUACAGGCGCCUGUCACCAUGCUCAGCUAAUUUUUGUAUUUUUCAUAGAGACGGGGUUUCACCAUGUUGGCCAGGCUGGUCUCGAACUCCUGGCCUCAGGUGAUCUGCCCACCUUGGCCUCCCAAAGUGCUGGGAUUACAGGCAUGAGCCACCGUGCCCGGCCACAAAUAAUUUUUAAAGGCCUAGUCAGACUCCUGAGCACGAGCAAGCUGCUCCCAUCACUGUGUCUUCACUUGCUUAUUCACUCCCUCUGCACAAAUCUACGGGUGAGCUCACAAAAAAAGUUUCCUUCAGCUUUAAAAUCUCCAAGGAAUGUUUUUAGCUAUUACCCCACAGCUGCAUUUUCUAUUCCAACCCCCAUAUUCCCUCGAGUUAUGACUUUGUAGCCACACAAGACACUUUGGUUUAACGGAAGCAGAUUGAUCAAGAGAUGAGAUUAUAAAAGGAGGAAGAGACAAGUUUCAGUGAAGACAGUUCUUUUUGUUUUUUGGUUUUUUUUGCAAAGAGACUGAAAAUAAUGUUAAGAGCCCAAAUCAGGAAGAAAUUUAAGAGAUGAGGAAUGAGGUGAGCUUUAUACAGAAGAAUUAAAAAUAUACAAGUCCUUUCUGUGCUGAUAGCACUCACGCAAAUGGUCAACGUUCCUAAAACUCGCUGGACUUUCUCUAAGAAGUGUGGCAAGCAUCAACCCCACAAAGUGACACAGUACAAGAAGGGCAAGGAUUCUCUGUAUGCCCAGGGAAAGCGGCGUUAUGACAGGAAGCAGAGUGGCUAUGGUGGGCAGACUAAGCCGAUUUUCCGGAAAAAGGCUGAAACCACAAAGAAGACUGUGCUAAGGCUUGAGUGCGUUGAGCCCAACUGCAGAUCUAAGAGAAUGCUGGCUAUUAAAAGAUGCAAGCAUUUUGAACUGGGAGGAGAUAAGAAGAGAAAGGGCCAAGUGAUCCAGUUCUAAGUGUCAUCAUC